AUGGCUACAGGGGAGCAGAGGCAGCAGGAGCGACGCCGGCAGAGGGCUCGGCAGCAAGAGCUGAUCCAGGCAGAGAUCCUGGGCAAGCACCCCUUGCAGAACAGAUGGGCACUGUGGUUUUUCAAGAAUGACAAGAGCAAGAUGUGGCAGGCAAACCUGCGCCUCAUCACCAAAUUCAGCACUGUGGAGGACUUCUGGGCGCUGUACAGUCACAUCCAGCUUGCCAGCAAGCUUGCAGCUGGCUGUGACUACUCCCUCUUCAAGGAUGGCAUCGAGCCCAUGUGGGAAGACAGCCAGAACAAGCGUGGUGGGCGCUGGCUCAUCACCCUGGCCAAGCAGCAGCGUCACACCGAGCUGGACCGGUUCUGGCUGGACACAGUGAGUGUGGCCCCACUCGAGGGUUCUGGCUGUGGCAUUCCCCCUGCCCCAAAGGUGAUCCCCAGUGAGGACUGUCCCAGGCUCCCCUUCUCCUCCCAACAGCUGCUGUGUCUCAUCGGGGAGAUGUUUGAUGAGUACAGUGAUGAGGUGUGUGGGGCUGUCAUCAACAUCCGCACCAAGGGAGACAAGAUUGCCAUCUGGACCCGGGAAGCAGAGAACCAGGAAGGGGUCACCCACAUUGGGCGUGUCUACAAGGAGCACCUGGGCCUGUCACAGAAUGUGGCCAUUGGCUACCAGGCUCAUGCAGAUACCGCCACCAAGAGCGGCUCCCUUGCCAAGACCAAAUUUGUACUGUGA